AUGCGACGUAAAUUAGCGUUUCGUACUAAUGUAUGGGAUCCUCUUCUCAUCAUCCCACAGAUUAUUGCACUACAAGCAUUAUAUUAUACUUCUAUAUCUGUUAUAGUUCUCUUUACAUUAUUAAUAACGGGGAAUGAUAUUACAUUAGACCAUUUGUUAGAUUAUCGAGAAUUUCGCGGGGAUACGGUGCUUGGAUGGACAUUGGGUUUCGCUUGGAUUUCAAAUUCCGUUGUAGGAAUAUAUUUACUGUUACGAGUAGUUCAACGAGCAAAACUCGUAUUAGACUUCACCGUAACGCUACACUUUUUCCACCUAAUCAUCACGAGCUAUUAUUCAGGUCAUAUACCGACAACAUUUGUCUGGUGGGCAAUAAAUGUGACCACAUGUUGUAUAAUGAUAUUUGGUGGGGAAUUGUAUUGUAUGCGAAAAGAGAUGGAGCCGAUUAUGUUAGGUGGCGGAAGUGGUGGCGAUGGUGAAGGGGUAACAAACGGAGGUGGUGGAGGAGGAGGUAGUACUGCUCAAAUAAAAAAUAAAAAAAGUGCCGAAGUAGAUCGAGAUCGAUAUGAAAUGGUCCCGAUGGAAGAAAUUGAAGUUGGUGGAUGA